CGGUACCCGGAGCAUGACCCGCAAACCCCCGUAACCGGACAGCCUUCCUCUUCUGGUAGCCCAGGGUAUAAAAGUUCGGCGGCCUCCGGUCGCCAGGCACACACGGCCGAGUUAGUGAGUGACUGUAAGUGAGAGUGAUCUGGUGGUCAGUUCUUUUUUUUCAAUUGUAAAGGAAAAAAGAAAAGCAAACCUUAUAGAAGGAAAGACGCGAGAGAAUGAAGUCCUUCGUAAUUUUGGCACUGGCAUGCACGGCCGUCCUGGGUAAACCCGCCCCGGAACCACCAUCCUCCUACAUCCCGCCAUCCGGUGGAGGUAGCUACCCUUCGAGCGGUUACGGUCCUCCUGCCGAUCAAUAUGGACCACCGCAGCAGCAGGCAGUAGUCCACAAGCACGUCUACGUCCACGUGCCUCCGCCAGAGGCACCCGAAUACAAAGCACCAAAGUACCAUGCACCUCCGCCACCUCCCCAGAAGCACUACAAGAUCGUCUUCAUCAAGGCGCCAACUCCGCCGACUCCGACCGCGCCGGUACUGCCGCCGCUACCAGCUCAGGACGAGGAGAAGACGCUCAUCUACGUCCUGGUGAAGAAGCCCGAAGAAGCGCCUGAAGUUGUCCUGCCCACUCUGGCGCCGACGCAGCCCAGCAAGCCGGAAGUCUACUUCAUUCGCUACAAGACUCAGAAGGAGCAGCAAGCUGCGGAGUAUGGACCACCUGCACCAUCUUCUCCAUCCGACAACUACGGAGCUCCUCCGUCGGGCAACGGACCUUACUAGAUGCGAAGGGCGCGCCAGAUAUCGCAGGUACAAAAAUAUCCAUUGGUGGAGGUAGAAGCGGAGGAAGCGUUGCGGAGAGGAAUAUGGCGCGUCGUCUUCCAGGACUUUCCUGUGCUUCUUCAGGCGACGGAGCACGCCAACGAUUUCUUGUGUAUAUAGCUAAUAAAAUAAUGCUACGUAGUGCGUUAGAACUUGAGAGAAUGUGCGAGGUGCGAGAGUGCAAGUCUCAGAGAAGUUGUCGAGCAGUGGUUGCUCUCAUUUUAGAAGACCCUAACCUAAGCUUUACCUAAUUACCUUUUUCCAAGCGUUUUCAGAUUUUGUAUUCUUUUUUAAUGACGCAACUAUCGCAUGGCGGAAGCUGUUGUCCCUUUGUAAGAAAAAUUAUGAAAAAUAUACCAACUUCUUAUUACGACGAA